UUUUUGUAAUUUUCUUUGCUUUGUUAAACCAUCCUCACCCGCUUCCAUUUUUAUAAACCGGUCUCAAGAAAACCACACAGAAUUUCAUUUUGUGGACGGAGAAACCAAUGCCUAAAACUACUACAACUUCUGCAUCAUCGCAAUUCAUCUCAAAUUUCCAUUCACAGUAAAAUGAUUCGCCAAUCUCUCUACAACACUCCUUCCGUCUCCUUCUCAACCCCGUCUCCCACUGCUCAUAAACGCCACCGUUUAGCUCCUCCAAGUUGGGGAACAAUUCGAUGCGACGCUUCGUCGGUGUCGGUAGAGAAGAAGGUUGUUGGGCCUGGUGGGCUGGGCCCGCACACGGGGCGAGACCCAAACGUGAAGAAGCCCGAGUGGUUGCGGCAGAAAGCUCCGCAGGGUGAAAGGUUCCUAGAGAUUAAGGAAUCCCUUUCCCAGUUGAAGCUCAACACUGUCUGUGAAGAGGCACAGUGCCCCAACAUAGGAGAGUGCUGGAAUGGAGGUGGAGAUGGGAUUGCAACUGCGACAAUCAUGCUUCUCGGGGAUACUUGCACACGUGGCUGUAGGUUUUGUGCUGUGAAGACCAGUAGAAAUCCUUCACCUCCUGAUCCUAUGGAACCGGAAAACACUGCCAAGGCCAUAGCAAGUUGGGGUGUGGAUUAUAUUGUCCUAACAAGUGUGGAUCGUGAUGAUAUACCCGAUGGAGGAAGUGGCCAUUUUGCUCAGACUGUCAAAGCCUUGAAGAAUCUCAAACCUGAGAUCAUGGUCGAGUGUUUAACCUCUGAUUUUCGGGGUGACUUGAAGGCUGUAGAAACUCUGGUUCAUUCAGGUUUAGAUGUCUUUGCUCACAACAUUGAGACAGUCAAACGCCUCCAAAGAAUUGUUAGAGAUCCUAGGGCAGGGUAUGAGCAAAGCCUGUCAGUUCUAAAGCAUGCAAAACAUAGCAAGGAGGGUAUGAUAACAAAAACGUCUAUAAUGCUCGGCCUUGGAGAAACCGAUGAUGAGGUGAAGGAAGCAAUGGCUGCUUUAAGGGCUAUUGAUGUCGAUAUUAUGACAUUUGGUCAAUAUUUACAGCCAACUCCCUUGCAUUUGACUGUCAAAGAGUACGUUACCCCUGAGAAGUUUGCCUUCUGGAAAGAAUAUGGGGAAUCUAUUGGUUUUCGUUAUGUAGCAAGUGGUCCAUUGGUGCGAUCUUCGUACAGGGCUGGGGAGCUGUUUGUCAAGACAAUGGUACGAGAAAAGACCAAGAAUGCCGGUGACUCAUAGUUGUCUUUGGUUCUGUGAUUAUAUACAACGGCAAACGAGGUUUUGGCAUGUGAAUUGCUGAGGAGGAAAAUGGUUAGGUGUGGAGAGAAAAUUCAGUUGUUUUGAAGUUAGGAAGCUUUAUGCAUUCUUUGAACCAGUAUUUUCAUAAUUUAAAUUCUUCAGUAACUUACUGGCAAUAUACGUAAGUUGAAUUGAGAGUAAAGAAGAACACAAAUUUGGAAAACAUCAUACAAAAGUAUAGCAGUUGAUUUACAUAAAGGAGGGUGUUUUCUCUUAUGCAUUUGAUUAUUGGUGGACUUGGAUGUUUUUGAUAGGUUACUCUUGUUGCCAUUUUAUUUGAUAAAAUUAUGUCUAAAAGAAAGUUCUCAGUAUUUGUGCUUAA